AGCAAAAGUUGAGAGCAGGAAAAAUGCCUAAAGGAAGUGAUCUGCGUCCCACCUCUCCUAAAGAGGGGGAAUUUAGCAUUUCAAGCUCAGAAUCUUCAGUACCAUCUCCAGUGAAUUGCAUGCUAACACAAGGAACAGAAGUUUGCCUCUCUGGAGAAGCAGACCAAUGGCCUGUCUGGUAUCCUAAAAAUGUUACCAGAAGGAAAAGAUCAAAUCUCCAAAAACAACCUUCAUCAUUAAUUGAUACUCUCCAUUUGCAACUUUAUCAAAUUCAACAAGAUUUGGAGGGUGAAAACAAAUCUGAAGAAGAAGAUAUUCUAGUAUAUAAUAAGUGGCAAUGUAUUCCAGAUAGUGAUAUUGGUCUUGGAAGUAUGCUGCUCAAGCCACCAGCUGCUCCUUGAAAGUCUCUUAUAGCUUGUAAUA